AUGACUCUCCGCCGCUCCGCCCGCUUAUCCACUUCUACCUCGAAUGCCAGUCUCGCUGUUCCCCUGCCCGAAGAAGACAUUGACAACUCUAGCGUGAACGUCUCCAAAGCUAAAUCGAAGACUACAGCACGAGCCGUCAACUCAAAAAAGCGCAAAACUAAAAACGAAGCAGAACCAUCCGCGGACAUCCAAAACGAUGCCAUCCCAACCGAACCCCCUUCAACACCAGUACAACCCGCGAAACGCGCCCGCAAGAUCUCCGAAUCCCCCUCCAAACCCCCCUUCACGCCCGCGCCUGCUGGGAUCCGCCUGUUAGCAGCGACGACGGCACGCACACAGAUACUGCAUCCUCUUGAGGAUAUACCCGAACGCGCAGGGGAAAGUUCAGAGAGCAUACUGCAACAAGAAGCGGAGAAGACGAGGCGAAAGCCGCGUCCUGCAGCCCCUCACGCUACGAAUGCACCGCUCUCGACGCCGGGAAGAUCGAGGAAAGCGGCAGCUUUACUGCCGCCGGAUCUCUCGUCCGCGUCUACGUUGCCGGUGCCGACGUCGACGAUAGAUACGUUGUUGGAGGAUGCGUGCAGACAUUUGAUUGCUGUGGAUAAGAAGUUGGAGCCGUUGAUCCGGAAGCAUCAUUGUGAGUGCAAGAUGUUUAGUCCAGACGGCUUGCGAGAAGUUGUAGACCCCUUCACGGCUCUAGCGAGCGGUAUUAUAGGUCAGCAGGUCUCCGGCCAAGCCGCCGCCUCCAUCCGCUCAAAAUUCACCGCUCUCUUCCCCGAAACACACCCCUCCUUCCCCUCGCCUGCGCAAGUCCUCACCAAAGAUCUGCCCACGCUACGUACAGCAGGUCUCUCUCAGCGCAAGGCCGAAUACAUUCAUGGACUAGCUGAGAAAUUCGCAUCAGGCGAGCUGAGCGCUGAGAUGCUGGUCAGUGCGAGCGAUGAGGAGUUGAUUGAGAAGUUGGUUGCUGUACGAGGGCUUGGACGAUGGAGUGUUGAGAUGUUCGCCUGUUUCGGCCUCAAAAGAAUGGACGUCUUCAGUACUGGCGACCUAGGUGUCCAACGAGGAAUGGCGGUGUACAUGGGCCGUGACGUAUCCAAGCUCAAGUCCAAGGGCGGCAAAUGGAAAUACAUGACGGAGAAAGAGAUGUUGGAUAUAGCUGGGAAAUUCUCUCCCUACCGGUCGCUGUUUAUGUGGUACAUGUGGAGAAUCGAGGAUGUGGACAUCAGUGUUUUGCAGAAUAACUGA